UGUGCUUUGUCUUUUUUUCGAAAAAACCUCAUCAUCACAUUUGUGUGGUAGAGGUCAGUGUUGCAAAACUAAAAGCUUUGAAAGCGUAAGGAUAAGAGGAAGCAUUAAUAAUGAUACACGUAGGGGAAAAGAAAUUGAUCAAUAACACAAGCUACAUAUUUCAUUUUUCAUAUAUAUAUUCAUAUAUAUCUUUUUCAUAUAUUCAUUAUUCACAUAUUUCAUUAUACUGUUGUUCUUAUUAAGAGAAGUGGGUAUUCAGGUUCAUCAUCUAAAAAAAAAAAAUCUCUCUUGCUCUUUUCAAUUCAAAAAAAGAUAGAAAUUGUCAGGAGAGGUUAAGUGAGGAGAGGUUGGGGCCAUUGUAGGCAUCUGACUUUGAGUUAAUAAAUGACAUGGCAGAAGGGGAUAUGCAUUUUUACAGAAUUGGAAUCUAUGUGUUUAGGGUUUAAAAGCAGUUGGCAGAGUCAAUUCAAAAUGAGCUGUCUGCUUUAAUACAUCAAGGACCCUGGCCAGCGAGAAAGAAAAUGUAUAAGGUGAAAAUGUUGAGACAAAAACGGUUGAAAGCAAAAUCCAGCUGGGCUUUUAGUGUGGGGAUAAAUGAACCCAAACCGAAGUGGCCUGUUGUCUGGAGCUUUGCACCAGAGAAACAAAUUGAAAACUGAUUAUGGAGAAAAUGAGGAACACUAUUGUCAUUUUAGGUUUUAUUUAAAACAUGUUCUUCUCUCUCUUAAAAGGUUUUUCAUUGGCAUCUUACUGAAACACUGAACACUGAUUUUUUUUAUGUACUUCUUUUUUUUUCUUUUUUACAAACAAUAAAAAUAACAGCUACUAUAUUAUAAUUAUAUUAGCCACAACCAAACAAUAACUUAGUUUUGUAAUAGUAUAAAGUAGUUUUACAAAACAAUAUAAUUAUCACGUGUCACACAUAGUUGUAUAAAAUACACCUGCUAAAAGAAAAAAACCCACAAUUGUUCAUAAAGCCCAAAUCAACAGGUUUAAUUACCAGCCGGGUCUGUCUCACUGACCAAGCACAGUAUGAAUGAACACACAGCUGACUGGUCAAACUGUUCAACCAGAACCAAAUAACUCACUGAUUAAUACUGGAAAUUUGCCUGCUACACUGAAAGGUCUAAAUUUAGCCAAAUGUUAAUGGAUUGAAGUGUUCACAGAUCUGUCAGAAUUAGGGAGAAGUACGUCAAGACGAGACUAAGUGAGAGGAGGAAAGCACCUCAUCAGAUUCAGGUGUCACUUUUCAACUUUUCCAGGAAAAACAUGAAUUAGAAUGCGAGACAUCUCAGAGAAACCUUUAGAUCCAAACACUUUAAGAAGUUUGUAACUCAGACCAUUUUAAAGUUUGAGUAAAACGCUGAAAACAGUUUUGAAGGACUUUUGUGUUGCAAGCAAGCAAAAAGUCAUACAAGUUCACAAUCUAAAGCCAGUGCAUCAGAGAACAGUCAAGAGAUGCAUGUGAAGUUCUGUUUGAGACUGUAUCUGACAAGUUCUGUUUCUUCCCCACAGAUGGGCAAUGUGUCAAAAACCGCCCUGUUUGUAUCCACAAUCUCCAGACAGCAUGACAUCCUCAUGGGAUCGCUUUAUUCAGUGUUUUGUGUCUUGUCGCUCCUGGGAAAUGGCAUGCUGUUGUUUGUAGCCUACCGUAAGAGGUCAUCUCUGAAGCCCGCAGAGUUUUUCGUCGUGAAUUUGUCUGUGAGUGAUCUAGGGAUGACCCUGUCUCUGUUUCCUCUGGCCAUCCCAUCUGCUCUAGCACACAGGUGGUUGUUUGGGGAGGUAGUGUGUCUCUGCUAUGCUGUGUGUGGGGUUUUGUUUGGCUUAUGCAGCUUAACAAACCUGACUGCUUUGUCGUCAGUAUGCUGUCUCAAAGUCUGCUUACCAAAUUAUGGUAACAAAUUCUCAUCCAGCCAUGCUUGCGCGAUGGUGGUUGGGGUUUGGUGUUACUCGUUGGUCUUUGCUGUGGGACCUUUGGCCCACUGGGGAGGUUUUGGACCAGAACCGUACGGAACCGCCUGUUGCAUAAACUGGUACGCUCCAUCCCAUGAUGCCCUUGCCAUGUCUUACAUCAUCAGUCUCUUUAUCUUUUGUUAUGUUGUUCCCUGUACCAUCAUCAUCCUCUCUUACACCUUCAUCCUGCUCACAGUGAGGGGGUCUCGCCAAGCCGUUCAACAGCACAUCUCACCACAAACCAAAGUGACCAACGCACAUACUCUUAUUGUCAAGCUCUCAGUGGCUGUGUGCAUUGGCUUCCUUACGGCUUGGAGCCCGUAUGCCAUUGUUGCCAUGUGGGCUGCGUUCAGCGCCAAUGAGCAGGUCCCACCCACAGCCUUUGCGCUGGCAGCCAUCCUGGCCAAAUCUUCCACCAUCUACAACCCUAUGGUUUAUCUUCUCUUCAAACCCAACUUUCGCAAGUCACUGAGUAAGGAUACUCAAACCAUCCGCCACAGGAUUUGUUUGAGUCAUAGUAAGGCCAGUCCCACAUCAGGAGUAAAGGACCGGCAGGUGCAGAACUUUCAGCAGUGCUGCAAUAAUAAGGAUGCCAGCACCUCCACCCCCUUUUCCAGUGGACAGGCAGAGAGUUAUGGAGCAUGUCAUGUCUAUGCAGAAGCAGAGCCACAUCUUCAGCAUGCAAGUCCCCAGAGAACUGCACGUAUUCUGGAGGGCAACGUUCAGAGUGAAAUUCCAGUGAGACAACUGACUGAUAAAAUGCAAAAUGACCUCCUGUGAGAGAUACUCAAAAAAAAAAGAAACAAUGCAUGAAAUGUAAAAAAAGUGAGGAUGAUGUAGCUUAGAUACCCAAACAAGGACAAAAAAAUGAGAACUUCCUGAAGAUUUCACCAAUGUUUACUGAACCAAAUCGAGAAAGCAUAUUUCCUUAAAUCAAGGGUUGUCGGUUCACCACGCUUUUUUGGUUGUUUUCUAACAUGCAUUAAAUGCAUAAUGUAUUCUGUGUCAACCGCCUCCAUUUGUUUGACUCAAAAGCAACAAAAUAUGGCAUGUGAAUCAUUAUUUGGUGAAUAAAGAUAAAUAAACGA